AUGACUCGCCUGCAACAAAAGUGGUGGAAGGAAGCCUCCGUUUACCAGAUAUAUCCUGCUAGUUUUAAAGACAGCAACAAUGAUGGCUGGGGCGAUUUGCCCGGCAUUACUUCAAAAUUGCCUUAUCUCAAACGCUUGGGCGUGGACGCUAUCUGGAUCUGUCCAUUUUACGAUUCUCCACAGCAAGACAUGGGCUACGAUAUUUCCGAUUACGAAAAAGUGUGGCCGCGCUACGGUACCAACGAAGACUGUUACGAAUUAAUUCAAAAGUGCCACGAUGCGGGUAUCAAAGUUGUCGUCGAUUUGGUCAUCAACCACUGCUCAUCGGAGCACAAGUGGUUUCAAGAAUCGCGCUCAUCAAAAAGUAACGCGAAACGCGAUUGGUUUAUUUGGAAGCCGGCCAAAGGUCUCGACGCUGCAGGGAAACCAAUUCCGCCCAAUAACUGGAAAUCGUUCUUCGGAGGCUCAGCGUGGGAAUGGGAUGAAAAGACUCAAGAGUUCUACCUGCGUUUGUUUGCCUCCAAACAGCCAGAUUUUAACUGGGAAAACGAAGAUAUGCGUAAACACCUCUACGAGUCGUCCGCUGGGUUUUGGCUCCGCCAUGGCAUCGACGGAUUCCGCAUCGACACCGCAGGACUCUAUUCUAAGGCAGAUGGAUUGCCAGAUGCCGAAAUCACUGAUCCUGACAGUGAGUUUCAGUACCCCGGAGAAAUUACUCGGAACGGACCGAGAAUUCACGAAUUUCACAAGGAAAUGCGUCAAUACUUCGACGAACAAGUUCAGGACGGGAGAGAGAUCUUCACUGUGGGCGAGGUUGGGGAUUGUACCAUUGAAGGGCGUUUACUGUACACUAGCGAGAACGAGCGCGAGAUGAGUCAACUAUUCCACUUUGCGCAUAUCAACGUUGGUGCUACAGAGUUAUUCAGGUAUAACGUCACUCCAUUCACUUUGAAAGAGUGGAAAGAGGCCAUUGCCGAAAGCUUCCAAUUUGCCAACCGUACUGACAGUUGGUCCACGAUCUAUUUGGAAAACCAUGACCAGCCACGCAGCGUGACGAGGUUUGGGGACGACUCUCCAUUGUGGCGUAAUAUUUCUGCAAAACUUUUAGCAUUGUUAGAAAUCUCGCUGACCGGCACGCUAUAUAUUUACCAGGGGCAAGAGUUGGGUCAAACCAACAAUAUCGGAUGGACUCUGGACCAAUAUGAAGACGUAGACGUUCAGAAUAAUCGUAACUUGAUUCGCGAAAAACAUGGGGAUGAUUCUGUACACAUGCGGAAAUUUGAGGAAGGUGUCGCUUUGUUUUCACGCGACCAUUCCAGAAAUCCAUUUCCCUGGUCUUCCCGCGAGCCUGAUGCAGGUUUCAGUGUUCACGGUGGACAAGGCGCGCCCAAGCCCUGGCUGGAGGUCAAUGAUACUUUCCGGGACGGUAUUAACGUCGAGGACGAAGAACAUGAUCCAGAAUCAGUGCUCAACUAUUGGCGCCAGGCGCUACUAGUGAGGAAAAAACACAAGAAUUUCCUAGUAUACGGCCAGGACUUCGAAUUCCAUAAUCUGGACCACCAAAAACUGGUUAUGUUCACCAAGAGCUCUGGCGAUGACAGCGAACCUCGCACUUUGUUUGCUGCUUUGAACUUUUCCUCUGAGCCCUGCGAUUUUACGGUGCCAGAUGAGAAUGCUACCUACACGCCCUUCUUUGGCAAUUAUCCUUUAGAGAGUGGCCAGAAGCAGUCGUUAAGGCCAUGGGAGGGUCGGCUUUACUUCGCUAGCGAUUAA